AUGGCCUGUAACCAUCAAGAAAACAUUGAAAACGAUGAAAUAUCUAAAUUAAAAGCAGGAAUUGGGGAUUCAGCAAUACGAUUUUCCUUUAAAGAGUUACAGAAGGCAACAAACAAUUUCAGCACAAAAUUGGGCAUAGGCGAUCUUUCAACUUGCCAUAAGGGCACUUUAGAAAAUGGGACUGUUGUGGCAGUUAAGGUGCUUAGGCCGCGGAACGCGGAUAUUAGAAUGUAUAUAGAAUUAAGGGUAUUGAUCAAUGUAAUGUCCGAAAUUAGGCAUCAGAAUGUGGUUGAAUUUAUUGGAUGUUGUGUUGAGGAUGAUCAUGUAAUUAUUGUGUAUGAGUUCAUGGAAGGUGGUAGCUUAGCUUCUUUAUUAGAUGAUGAAGUUUCUAAGUUAAGCUGGCCUAUGAGAGCUUCUAUAUGUCUUGGCAUCGCUCGUGGUCUUGAAUGUCUUGACGGUAAGAUUCUGCAUCGCGAUAUUAGGCCUAAUAACGUACUUCUUGACAAUAGCUUCAAUCCUAAAAUUAUGGAUUUUGGGAUAAUGCACAUAUUUACUGACUAUGCAUCAGAUGAGGGUGAUAGAAUUCCCAAAAAUAUAGGUUAUAUUGAUAGGGAAUACAUGACUACUGGACAUAUGACAACCAAGGGAGAUGUUUAUGCCUUUGGGGUUGUUCUCCUUGAAGUCAUUAGUGGUAAGAGAGUUCCACAGUUUCUGAAAGAUUGCAAUGACAGUGGUAGGAGACUUGCGCAGUGUCUGCAAGCUGGCAAGAAUUUGGUGGAUUGGGCUCGACAACUUGGUCAAGAUGGUAGUUUUCUAGAGAUAAUUGAUCCCACUUUAUCCGAGUUUCCAGAAGAUGAGGUGAAACGUUUUAUCGACGUUGCUCUCUCUUGUGUCCGUUUAUCGUCAAACCUGAGACCAAGCAUGUCCGAGGUUUCUCUCUUGCUCUCUGGAGGCCAUGACUUGACUUGUUUAAUUAGUGAUGUCAUGAGAGACUGCUUCUAUUAUAGUGGCCAGGUUGCUAUUAGAUGUAUUAAUCUUCCUUGUAUUUUCUCUUUUUACACCUUAACUCUGACUGUUAUACAACCAUUAAUGAAAGUUACAGAAGAAAAUUCAGAACCUCUUACUCCAAGUAACCAGCUAAACUAA